CAACACAAUAAUUGGUGCUUGCGCUCAAGCGAUGGCAACGAAGAUGGCGGUCGUUCCAGGGCAGCGCCUCGGCAAGGAAGGCGACUACACUGCCGGGAGCGGCACGUACGUCUUGAACGGCAAUAUCUUUGCAUCGGUGGCGGGCCAUGUGACUCCAGUGUUACAUGGAGCACUGAACGUUGAACGUCCAACUUGCAAGCGAAUCGCGUCGACCGGCGUGCUUCGUGUGGACGACUUUGUCGUGGCCAAGGUGACCAAAGUGACGUCAUCUCAAGUGCAGGUUGACAUUCACGCUGUCAACGAUGUCGUGUUGCACGAACCCUUUGCCGGGACUCUGCGGAAAGAAGAUGUUCGACCGGUCGACAUUGACAAGUUGCAAUUGGAAGAGAUGUUCCGCCCCGGCCACGUCCUCAAAGCUGUCGUGUUGUCGCUUGGCGACUCUCGAUCGUACUUCCUGACCACGUCCAAGCCUGGUCUUGGCGUGAUUCAGCUGCAGCCAUAACUCUGCCAACGCCUUCACACUAUACCCCCCAUCACACUUCAAUUAAACUAUGUUUAUGCACCUCAACUUCCUUUGCCUGACUACGUUCUACAAUCGCCGAUCAAAUCUACCAACAUAGGCAGAUGCCGUUCAUUCAACGGAUUAUCUUCGAUGGAACAUCGACUUCACUUGAAACCGAAGAUGCCCUUGCGGGCAUGCCAC